AGUGGGAAGAAUGUCCCUUGCAUUGGUGGUCAGUGGGAAGAAUGCCCCUUACAUUGGUGAUCAGUGGGAAGAAUGCCCUUACAUUGGUGAUCAGUGGGAAGAAUGCCCUUACAUUGGUGAUCAGUGGAAAGAAUGCCCCUUACAUUUGGUGAUCAGUGGGAAGAAUGCCCCUUACAUUUGGUGAUCAGUGGGAAGAAUGUCCCUUACAUUGGUGAUCAGUGGGAAGAAUGUUCCCUUACAUUUUUGAUCAGUGGGAAGAAUGUCCCUUACAUUGGUGAUCAGUGGGAAGAAUGCCCCUUACAUUGGUGAUCAGUGGGAAGAAUGUCCCUUACAUUGGUGAUCAGUGGGAAGAAUGUCCCUUACAUUGGUGAUCAGUGGGAAGAAUGCCCCUUACAUUGGUGAUCAGUGGGAAGAAUGCCCCUUACAUUGGUGA